CACAUUUGUUUUCAUGGGACAACACAGACAAACCAAAUUAAAAAUGGCACUUUUUUGUUUAAAGUCUUCCUUUGAAUGAAAAAAAUAACCUGCAGUUAUUCAUCAAGACCUUGUGGAUUACAUUUUUUUCCUCCUUAUUCAAGGUAAAUUUUUCUAACUUGAAAUUUUAACUGGGACAUGUGGACACAUUCCCAUUUUUCUAAAGAUGAGUUUGCAGUUUCUGGAACAACCUUACAUGCAGGGCUCAUCCCCUGACUCGGGAUCAGAACCGUAAACCCUCACUACCACACAGACAGGACAGAGCACUUCCACGGUGGAGCCGGACAGCCUUCUGUCCAACGACCCAGCCUGAAGCACGGAGACGGACAGACGGACAGACAGUCUGAUGCCAACUGUCUCACCUGUCAAUCUCUCGGCACCACUCCUCCUCCUGCUGCUGCUGCUGCUGCUGCUGCUAUGCACCACCCACACCACCAUGGCAACCAACUGGCUCUCCCUGGCGAGGCUGCCUCGCUCCAGAGCCGUGUCUGGUGCCGCUCCAUGUGCCCGGCUGAGGGGGCUGACCCCGGGGCAGGUGGGGGUGUGCAGGGCAAGAGGGGAGGUCAUGGAGUCUGUACGCAAAGCAGCAGAAAUGGUCAUAGAAGAGUGUCAGCAUCAGUUCAGGAAUCGCCGCUGGAACUGCUCCACCACGCCACGUGGGAUCAACGUGUUUGGAAGAGUCAUGAAUCAAGGUUCGUCCCUCGCUGAGAUGACACAGAGCAACAGGCGUUUACUGAGUUUUAAAACAUACGAUCCUUGUUCCUUUUUCUUCUCUUGUGUUGCUGCUGUGCUGCCAGGCACUCGUGAGGCAGCGUUUGUGCACGCUCUGUCUUCAGCAGCAGUGGCGGUGGCCGUGACCCGAGCCUGCACCCGUGGGGAGCUGGAGAGGUGUGGCUGCGACAGGAAGGUCAGAGGCGUCAGCCCUGAAGGCUUCCAGUGGUCAGGGUGCAGUGACAACCUGUCCUAUGGCGUGGCGUUUUCUCAAGCCUUUGUGGAUGAACCUGAGCGGGCCAAGGGACUGUCAGCGGGACGCCCCCUCAUGAACCUCCACAACAACGAGGCCGGUCGAAAGGCCAUCCUGCACAACAUGCAGGUGGAGUGUAAAUGUCAUGGUGUCUCUGGCUCCUGUGAGUUAAAAACCUGCUGGAAAGUCAUGCCCCCAUUCAGACGUGUUGGUGUUGUACUCAAGGAACGCUUUGAUGGAGCCACAGAGGUCCGAUUGACUCGUAUUGGGUCCAGGCCAGCUUUGCUCCCUCGUGACCCCUACGUCAAGCCCCCUGCUGCCAGAGACCUGGUGUAUGUGGCUCCCUCCCCAGAUUUCUGCCACCUCGACCCAGACAACGGCAUCCCAGGGACUGCUGGAAGAAGAUGCAACGGAACGUCCCGGCUGGCUCCAGACGGCUGUGAGCUGGUGUGCUGUGGGCCCGGCUACAGAGCGGGCCGGGCCGAGGUGGUGCAGCGCUGCUCCUGCAAGUUUUCUUGGUGCUGCUCAGUCCGCUGCCAGCAGUGCAAGAAUACAGUCACUAUUCACACCUGCAGGGUUUGAAACGGCUCAAACAAAAGCAGACUGAAGUCAAUUCAGACCCAAAUAAUCCAGCAGAGACACGCUGCAGAAUAAAUACAACAGCUUUCACACCAAACAACAUUACAUGCUUCCUAAUAACAGUCUCAUUUCAAAUAUUUAUCUGAACCUUCUGGCACUUCUAAUUUGAAAGCUGCAGCAAACAAAUCUUUAAUUAUGAGAGUUUUGUGGAACAACAUUGUUCUCCUCUUCCAAAACUGCAGAGGACAGAUUCACCACAGCACCCUAAACCUUCACUUGACAAAGCUUUUAAAGCUGAAAAUAACUAAAACUAACAGAAACAUUGCAGCGGUGUUUUUCAUGCUUAUACAUUAUGUCUUAGACUAGCAGGUCUUUGAACGUGUUCUGUAUUUAUGUUUCCUUUUUUGUUCCUGAUUUAUUUAUUUUUUACAGUUGUGUUCAAAGUAACUGCAGUCUAAGAACACUAACCAGAUCAAACAAUGGUUUUUAAAAAUUAUAUUUUUAUGUAGUAGCUGUAGUACCGUAACAAAAACCGAACAGAGCCCACAGUCCAGACAUGUCGCUUACCGUUUCUGUGUAAUUAAUUCAAAUGGACAUGUUCAAAAUAAAACAUGGUCAUGGAGCUUUCCUGUCAAAUCUGAGUGGAAUAGUCAGAAGAACACCAUGGUGUGAAUAGAAAGUUGAUUUAACAAUGGAAAAAUAAUAAUACAUUUUCAUUUUGAUGAGGUUAAUUGACAGCGAUAAGACCCGCCUCCUGGUUCUGAUUGGUUGUUACUAGUGAGCACUGGGGAAGCCAGAGAGGUUAAUUAUUCUUCACAGAUUAUCUGUUUUACAUUAAACUGUUAUAACAUAGUGAUAAUGUCAACAAAUAUGUGAGAAAAAAUUUUACACUGCAGCUUUAAAAAGUGGUCAGCCUAACGUCUGUACAGUACAAUGGAAAACUGGAAAUGUAUUGCAUUUCGACACCAAAAUACAAAGAGAACGUGGUGUAUGAAUCAAAUUAUCCUGGAAUACGCGGAAAAGUUUGAUGAAAGUUGGUAGAAUCCACCCAACACAGAUUUAUCAAAAAAAUUGGCUUUUAUGACUUACCCAUAAUUUCAGUAACUAACAGGAAAGCUCAAUCUACAUAUUUCUAGGUUUACACAGUAAAUGAGAAGUUCUUUUAUUGAACUUCCAUAUUCUCUUUUUAUCAAUAUAUUUAUAGACCGAGAACAAAUUGGAUCAAUUUCUCUUCAUGUUGUUCUGAAUAGAAUGGGCCACAUUUCCGACGCUUUUGCAUUGAGGGAAUAAACGCUUUUAAAAAUAUUCAGAGUUUUAUUUUACUCUUUUCCCACACAAGAUAUUAUUUUGAACACAACUGUGUAUCAGAGUCUUUCCUUCAAUUCAUUCUCCAGCAGCAAGAAUAGCUUCUGCUUGCCUCAGUGUCUGUAAUACUGCAUGUAAAACAUUUCUGUUCACUCCAGCACAUCAGGUCUGUCCAAGACAUCUAACAAAAAUACAGUAGUUUACCUGAAACACAAA